AUGCGUUUGCAUUUGCAUUUUUAUAAACCUCUUUUGGUCCAGCUUGCACCUCUCUCAAAGUACCACCCCAACUUUCUCCCUCUCCGCGCACACCCCCAUCCCCCAGCAAUGACGGAGCCCGCCGCCGAGCAUGUGAUCGUCACGCUAACCGGGAAGCAGUCGCCGUCGGCGCUCUCGCAAGCGAUGCGCGUGCUAGGCGACGACCCAUCGCUGCAGCUUGCGGACUUCGCGCAGCUGGUGGUGCGGGACCGCUUCAUCGCGACGGCGCUGCUGCGCAUCCCUGCGGCGCGCGACGUCAUCAAGGAUCUGCUGUUCCGCGCGCACGAGGACCAUCUGACCGUCGACUUCACGGUUGCGCCGUCGGCCGCCCCGCCGCCGGCCCUCGCCGCGAGAACCCCGGACGAGUACGUCGUCACCCUCUUCGCCCCCGGCACUAUCUCCCCGACCUUCCUGGCCACCGCCCUCGCCGCCCUCGUCGAGCGCGACUGCAAGGUCAGAGGCGUCACCAGGCUCACGGAGCAAGGCGACGACUUCAUGUGCCUCGAGCUGCGCAUCGCCGUCCCGGCCGGCGAUGGGCAUGUGGCUGCGCUGCAGAAGGAGCUCUUCGAGUUGGGCCGACAGGAAAAUCAGUGCGAUGUCGCCCUGCAGAAGGCUAAUGUCCUCAGGAAAGCAAAGAGGAUGGUCGUCUUCGACCUGUCUUGGACUUUGGUGCAGUGCGAUGCUAUCGAUGUCCUCCUUCAGGCAGCUGGAAAGAGUCCGCCGCCGGAGGUGGAAGCAGCGUUUAGACAGGGCAACUUGUCUGGGCCGGAAUGGCUCAAGGCUAGAGCGAAGCAGUUGGAAGGCGUCGAUGCCGGCAAGGUCAACGCUGCGGUUGUCCACAACUUGACCUACACGCAUGGGGCCGUCGAAUUGUGCAAGGGCCUGAAAAGGCUCGGGUGUCGACUGGCUGUUGUUUCUUCUGGAUCCAAGUUUAUUGCAGAGCGCGCCAAGGACCAUCUCGGCUUGGACUAUGCGUUUGGCAAUCUUCUAGAGACCGACUCGGCAAACAAGUUUUCGGGUCUUGUCAUAGGGCCCAUUAUUGACACAGAGCGCAAAGCUGAACUCACGCAUAUGCUCGCGAUGCAAGAGCGGAUUGACAUGGAGCAGAUCGUUGCUGUCGGAGACGGACCGGUUUCCUCGAAAAUGCUCGCAGCGGCUGGUAUGUCAGUUGCAUUUGACCAACCUGAUGCUACAGAUGAAAUUCAGAGCGGCCGUAUCGCCUCAAAGUCCCUGGCUUCCGUGCUUUACCUGCUCGGCGUCACAGGACAUGAUUUUCGCAGAAUGACCGAGGGGUAUUGA